AUGGUCCCGGACCCGAACAACCCAACGAACUAUAGCGACACCGUCGCUGCGGUUGCCAAUCAGGACUUCCACAACGUCAUUUGUUACUUUAUGGACUCUGAUAUACACACCACGUUCGUCUCUUCUAGCCCUACAACGCUUGACUCUAGCAUCCAGGCUAUCGCGACCGACAGUUCAGACAAUGCCGCGUUCUACAAGAAAAUGCAGGUGCCGUACGUCGUUUCCAGCCUGGGCCGCUCGACCCUGGCCGAGGGAAAGCAAUGCAACGCCGUGCGGGCAGAGCUGCAGCUAAAAGACAUUCCUUCGAACUCGCCAAUCUACAAGAGACACAGCGAUGCCUUCUACAGAUACCGCUGGAUGCAGAAAUUCCCAGGCGUGCAGGCGUACCUUGAUGACCAGGCCAACACCGACUAUGCAUCGGCCAUGGCAAAAGCAGCCGAUGCAAUGAAAGUCAACGUCACAAACGUGUCCAAGGGCGUCAACGGGCAAGACCCAGAAGAAGCGGCAAAGAAUCUCCAAGCAGCGCUGGACGAUAUUGAUUCCCUGUGCCAGUGGGCCACCAGCCAGAAGCUGUUCUAUGCCUUUAACCUGUAUUACUGGGGCGUGACGUACUACUUGCCGCAGCUCUAUGCCCAGACGGCUAACGGUGCCGUUUCUGCGUCAGUCUCUCGCACUCUCAAGAAGCUCACGACUAUCCUUGGCGUGCUAGAGGGUAACAAGCAGAACCCAAACGGGAACUCCUUCCAGCAGGCUUUCAACGGUGUCAUCCAGGUCUUUCAAAUGCAAGCGAUUAUUCCGCAGUUCGUCGAUGCCGACGGCAACAGCAAAGAUAUUGACGACAUCUCGCAACAGGUCCUCCAGCAGUUCUACGAACAGAACAUUGGCAGCAGUGACCCUGACCUGGUCAAAGAAGCACAGAUAGCUCAACAACUAGCGUCUAACUCCGCCACCCGGAAGUCCUUUAUGGCCAACCUCGCGACAAGCAUGCGCAUGGCUGGCUCUCUGGGCAGCUGGGCCGCGGUGGUGCAGAGUUUCAAGGAUUUCAACCAGCGGUCAGGCUGGUACCAGAAGCUGACGAACGCGGCGGACGUCAUGGCUACAUUCAUGCGGGUGACGUGCGCCGCCUUGCUGGUCCUGCCGAUGAUCGGUAAGCUUGGCGGAGGUUGGUCUGCCAUGUCGACCUCGCAGAAGGUGGCCUGGACGACGAGCUGCGCCGCUCUAGCCGUGACGUUCUUCAUCAAAGGUGUCCAGGGUGCCCUUCGGCUUGCCUAUUUCUGGCAUGAUCUUGGCGGUUUUGCAGACAAACUGAAGGCUUUCUUUGGUUUCAAGAGCGUCCUCAACGAACUUCCAAAAACGGCCGAAGCAACGAGCAACACAUUCGCCCGCUGGUUCCUUCGCACCGGCAAAGAGGCAAUGGAGCUUGAGGCGGAUCAAGUCACCGUCGGCAUGAAGAUAUUCGGCCGUUCUGCCGGCGAAUUCCUCACGAACUGCGUGGGCUCCAUCCUUGCCGGAGUCAAUAUAGUGCUCAGCAUCAUAGACGCGGUCAAGUCCGACGACCCGCUCGAAAAGGCAAUGGAUUCCAUGAUGAUCAUCUCGAGCGGCCUGCAGCUGCUGGCCAUAGGCGCCGGCUGGUUGGUCUCGGCCGGAAUCGUUGUCGAAGAAGGGGCCAUGGCGGUCUUGUCUACGGUAGCAGCAUGUCUAGGUCCACUGGCGGUUGUGUUUGCCGUGGCCGGCUUGGUGAUCAUGAUUGUUAUGAUGUGCCUUCACAAAGACCCGCCCAACCCAAUUCAGGACUUCGUCGAUAAGAAUGCGAGCCCAGCCGGCCUUAAGAUGGACCACGACACCAGUAUUGACUACUUCAACGUGGUGCCUGCGAGCGACUCGGCGACGUCUCUCAAUGGCAUAUCUUUCGCCGCCACUGUCAACGCCACCACAGACGUUCUCCAGCUUGGCAAUCUGGCUCAGACUGGCGGCAGCAAUUAUCUCAUCGUCGCUGGUAAAUCGGUGACGUACUUGCCAGACACAUGCUGGAAUGUCAACACCAACUCGGCAGGUCAAACGACGGUUUUCACGUAUGCUGUCGAUGCUCAGGGCAAAAGUGUGGCACUAUGUCUGGCAGAGUUGACUGAUGGCAGCGUACAAGUCGUGCCGCCGGCAUCCAAGACCACGACAGACUCAUCAGGCAAGGUAAUCCCGGUCGACCCCAAAGAGUAUGCCGCCCAAGUGGCCCGCCAGCAAUGGUCUUUCACCGCGCUCUCGGAUGCUACAACGGAAAAACGCACAACUGGCUCGGACACGGAGACAUACACGACCUCGGGAACCUAUUCGAUAUCCCGAGAUGGCAAAGUACUUUAUAUGGUGUCGCAAACCGAUGGUAGCAUCGGGUUCCAGCUGUCUAGCUCUGCACCCGCAUCCAGCACAAGCUCAUGGACUCUUACCUUGCAGACUAUGGGGCCAUCGAACUUUUCCUACAUACAGUCAUCUUGGCUCCUGACAACUGCGAGCACGGACGAGAACGACGACAUUGUAUUCUCUGGUACCACCUCUCUCCCGCUCCAAUGGUCCAUCAGUCCGUCACUGCCGUCCUUCUUUACCCUGGUGGGAUCAGGAGCUGGCCAAGGUACUAUCUCGCAAGUUGCAGGCACCAAGCCUACGGUUAUGCGGGCCACAGACUACACCGUGACAGCUAGCAUUGUCAUUGAGGGCAGGACCUUCUCCAAGAACAGCCUGGUCACUAUCACGGUCCAAGAUACAUCUGUCCCGCCGGUCUCUUCUGCGGCUCUGAAUGGCGAUCAAGCGGCUGUGAAUGGAGCAGACAGCUCGGGUGCGGAAAUGGCAAAUGGUUCAAAUUUGCGGUUGAGCUUGAAUGCGAAUCCAACACUCUCUUUUCCUAAUCCUGACCUUUCCAUGUCACUCGAUUUGUCCGAUAUCCCCCAACCCAUCAUUGAUGCAGGCAAGAAAGUGAUCGAACAGGCACCAGCCCUUUUUAAAUGGAACCAGAAAGAUAUCAUGGGUUUCAAUCAGCAUUACACGGCAGCCGUUGCAAUUUCCAAAAUGCAGAACUCAAUCGAUGGCAACUGGGACAAAGGCCUGUUUGUCUCACACCCGGCGUUCAUCGACAUCUACUUUCCGAACCGUGCGGCGGCGCCUCCGAAUGGUCAGAACGAUCCAUGCGACUAUCACGGAGCCGCGCAAGCCUUUGUGUGCCAGGCCAUUUACAACGGAGAUGGACAAGCUCAGAAAUUCUGCAACUGGAAUGCCACGCAGAAUACCGUCGACGACCUCAACAACAAGCUGUGGCAGAACAACACGCAGAGAUUUGUGGAGUGGCUCCAGUGGUCUGGGAGCAAUUCUACGACUGGCGGACUGUGUGCCCUCGGUGACUACGUCAGUAGUAUAACGAAUUCGGACUGGAUCGCAUUCAAAGCGGCGGAACAAGCAAGCGGAGAGUGGAUCAACCCCGGCCCAGACUAUGAGCUGUACUUUCACUUCCUGAAGCUGACGGCGUUAGGAGCCUCGUCUGCCCAGCUUCAGGAUAUCUACGCAACGCUCACAGCACCGGGAAAGAUUGAUGGUUCAGCCAUCCAAGAUGUGACGCCCUCAAACUGGACAAAAUAUACCGGGUAUCUCCAGAGUGGCCCCAUCGCGUACGGGCAGCUAGGCGUACAAAACCUGAACGAGGUGACCUGGAUCCCCACCUUCAGGGGACCGCCGGUCUCAGUCCACUGCGACACCGACUUCCUCAAUCACGCCGGGUACUGGCAAUCACCCCCGAGUGGAUGUUGCUUUGCUGCCGGCACGGGCAUUGUGAUGGGGGACGGGCACACAGUCGUGCCAAUCGACAAUAUCCAAUCUGGCGACAUGGUGCUCAGCACAAACGGAGAGGGUUCAAACAGUCAUAGGCAAGCCGUCUUCGUCUCCAAACCCCGGCGGGAUGGGAGGGCCCUGUACGAAAGCAAAGAUGCAAAAGGGGUCUGCUUUACGGCAACGCACCCCGUCCAUCGAGGGUUUGACAGCCGAGGCUGCCAGAUCCUGGGGUUUGUGGAUGUGUCCGGAGCGCUGCGGGUCAAUCCGUUGUGGGCCGCAUAUCCCCUGGAGCAACUCUCACCGACGGAGGUGUCGCAGAUGGCAGCAGGGGAGGCGGAGGAGACUCUUUUUGAUCUGGUCCUGGACGUCCCUUCUGCCGGCGCUACUGGAGGUGGCGCACCUACUUUUGUGGUGCAGUCUCCGGCCGGAGAUCGAAUCACAGUCUGCAGCGAGGCACCAGAACUCGCCGUCCUCCCGACCACGACAGCGUUUGUGUUGGGCUUCAUGAGAUCUCUUGGCCAAUGCAAGGAUCUGCAGCGGUUCUUUCCCGAAGGUCUGCAAGCGGGCGUGCUUGACUAUUAUGCAAGGAUUCGUCGCCUACGGGGAGCUUCUGCCACUGCUGCUGCUGGCAGGGACGCUCUGGCUACGACAAUUGAUGACGACAGAAUGACCACUGCGGUGUCGAUAUUGUCCUCGGGCAAUCUGCCGCCCCAGGUCUUGGCCGAUGCUUCCGAAUCCAUCAUCGCUGCCAUGGGUCUCGGAUUGCAGUCGCAUCUUGACCUGGGUUGGCAGUACAUCUCUGAUGAGAACACCAGGGCGACUGGGCCUAGUCGCUCCAUGCUGUCAGCUCACUUCCUGCAACUCUCCCAGCCGGCUGUCAUCGGGUUGCCAACAUUGGUGCAGCAGGAACACGUAGCCUUGGUUGAGGCUAUCCGUGGCUUGUUGUCGAAAACGGAUACAAAGCUAUCAGUCUCUAUCUCAUCAUCAUCGACGUUAGCGGCUGGGGAGCCAGAAAAGCAUACCAUGAAUGUCCAAUCUCUUGGCCCCUAUCUUUAUCACCUGGGAACCAGCGAGCUGGUCCCACUGCCAGAUAAUCUACCCGGGGCUCGGAAAUCUGGAGUCGUCUACACACUCAAGAUGGCACUGGACUCACAGCUAGUACUGCAAGCUCACGGGACCCUUGAAGAUGAAGUUGAAGCACGUUGGCCUCUCCAUCUGGCAUCUCUCUCCACGUCGUCCGAUGCCGGGCUGAAAGCGCAUUGGUCAGACCUACAGCACUGGCACGUCGGUUGGAUCUCCGUCACCAGCGCUCAUGUGGGCGAGGAACAGUUGGUAAGAAGACGGGAAUGGUUUGGCACAGGAGGUGCAGACGCUGUCCUUUCCCCGAUAGAACGAUACGGCGGAUUACUAGGAACCGCAGUCGGGGAUGACAUUGCCAAGGCCGUGAUGGGAGUGUAG